AUGAGCCCAGCCCGCAACGAACUAAUGGCCGAAUUCAACAUCAGCUCAACAGUAGCUCUCCUCCCACUGACAAUGUACGUCCUCGCCUUGGGUUUCGGACCCAUCAUCGGCGGCCCUUUGUCAGAGACUAUCGGUCGCUACGCCAUAUACGCAGCAAGUGUGCCUCUCGGCGCACUGUUUACCGUGGGAGCUGGAUUCACGCAUGAUUUUGGGGCGUUGUGCUUUCUGCGCUUCAUGGCGGGGCUUUGUUGGGCGCCGGUUCUUGCUGUUGCACCGGGGACGUUGGCGGAGACGUUUACGCCGAAGAAUAGAGGGCCUGUUUCGGCGGUGUUUAUACUCAUGCCGUUCCUAGGUCCUGGCUUAGGACCUGUUAUAGGAUCCUUUGUGGUUAAUCGGAAGGGAUGGCGUUGGACGCAGUGGACUUUGGUCUUCUUUUCCAUCCUAGCAAUGAUAUUCUCAGCGUUCGCACACGAGACCUUUCAUCCUGUCAUCAAGCGGAGGAUAGCAAAGAGGAAGGGACUCAAGAUUGACCCGCCGCCGCCGUUGGCUGCGAGGCUUAGAAUGUUUGCUCUCGUGGCGGUUGUUCGACCUAUUCGGAUGUUGCUCUUCGAACCGAUUACUGGAUUCAUUUGCUUAUACGUCGCAGCUGAGUUUGGAACGUUGUUUAGUUUCUUCGCUGCUGUGCCGUAUACGUUUGGGCGGGUCUACCAAUUCUCUAUCGAAGAGUUAGGAUUAGUCUUCCUCUCUAUCGUCAUCGGAUGCAUCCUCGGUCUUGUCACGGUCAUCCUUUGCGACGUCUUCCUGUAUCGCAAGCAGGCAGGAAAGUAUCCUCCUCAUCAAAUCCCGCCCGAGCAUCGUCUCUAUCCCUCCAUGAUCGGCAGUAUCGGUCUUCCCAUCGGACUCUUCUGGUUCGGCUGGACAGCUCGAGCGGGCGUAUCAUGGGCGAGUCCCGCUGCUGCGAUGAUCGUAUUUGCGUGGGGAAAUCUAUGUGUGUUUCCUUGCGAGAUAUGGGUUCGCGGGAGUAUUUCCGCUGUUUACUAUUCAGAGUAA